CUAACUGACCAUGAGAUCGCACAUAACUUGUUUGCGACCCGGGGGGCCCCACCUGGAGAGACCUCACUCUCCUCAGCCCUCGCAGGGAUCCGGGUGAUCCUCUGGGCCCGGAAAUCCAGCUUUGGGAUAAAGGAAGAUAGGAGAAACACCAUGUGAUCACUUCAUCAUUCAUGAAGCUUCCCUCUAGCAGCUACUCCCAUGUGGUGCUUGGGGCUUGAUCCUAGGACAUCGAGCAUAGCAAAGUGCAGCCUCCCAGAGUUUAUGAAAAUGGAGCCAAAUACCAAUACGAACAGUGAAUCUGAGGAAGAGUAUGCUGAAGAAGAGGAAUCUGAGGAGGAAUGUGGUAAAGCAGAAGCCGCAGUCCCAUCUAACCCUCCUCAGCAGGCACUCUCAAAGACUGACUACAAGGCAUUUGGAAACAGAACUCCCCUGUCGGUUGUAGCCAAGAAAAUGCCACAGAAAACCGUAACUCCUACUGAAGCAGAUGACGUAGAAGCAGGGAGGAGGAAGAGAAAGCGGAAACGCAGACCCCUGGCCAUCAACCUGACCAACUGCAAGUAUGAGAGUGUGCGCCGGGCAGCCCAGGUGUGUGGCCUCAGAGAGGUGGGGGAGGAUGAAGAGUGGACAGUGUACUGGACAGACUGUUCGGUCUCUCUGGAGCGCGUCAUGGACAUGAAGAGGUUUCAGAAAAUCAACCACUUCCCCGGCAUGACAGAAAUCUGCCGCAAAGACCUGCUGGCCCGGAACCUCAACCGCAUGCAGAAGCUCUACCCCUCGGAGUACAACAUCUUCCCCCGCACGUGGUGCCUCCCUGCCGACUAUGGGGACUUCCAAUCCUAUGGUCGCCAGCGGAAAACCCGCACUUAUAUCUGCAAGCCAGACAGUGGCUGCCAGGGACGUGGCAUCUUCAUCACCCGAAACCCCCGGGACAUCAAGCCAGGGGAGCACAUGAUCUGCCAGCAGUACAUCUCCAAGCCCUUCCUCAUCGAUGGCUUCAAGUUUGACAUGCGAAUCUAUGUCCUCGUCACAUCCUGCGACCCCCUCCGGAUUUUCAUGUAUGAAGAGGGCCUGGCCCGCUUCGCCACAUUGCCUUAUGUGGAGCCCAACCACAGCAACCUGGUGGAAAUGUGUAUGCACCUGACCAACUACGCCAUCAACAAGCACAACCAGAACUUUGUCCGGGAUGAGGCCCUGGGCAGUAAGAGGAAGCUAUCGACACUCAACGCCUGGCUGCGAGAGCACAGCUACGACCCCCGAGAGCUGUGGGGGGACAUAGAAGACAUAAUCAUCAAAACCAUCAUCUCAGCCCACUCUAUCCUUCGCCACAACUACCGGACCUGUUUCCCCCAAUAUCUGAGUGGAGGGACAUGCGCCUGUUUUGAGAUCCUUGGUUUUGACAUCUUGCUGGACCACAAGCUGAAGCCCUGGCUACUGGAGGUAAACCACUCUCCGAGCUUCACCACCGACUCCCGCCUUGACCGAGAAGUGAAGGAUGCACUGCUCUGUGACGCCAUGACUCUCGUCAACCUCCGGGGCUGUGAUAAGAAGAAGGUGAUGGAGGAGGACAAACGUCGAGUCAAGGAGAGGCUCUUCCAGGGCCACCAGCAGCCACGAGAAGCCAGGCGAGAACAAAUGGAGUCAUCCCAGGCAGCAAUGCUGGACCAGGAACGCUACGAGGAUUCUCACCUGGGGGGCUACCGCAGGAUCUACCCUGGAUCUGACACAGACAAGUACACACCAUUCUUCAAGCACAACGGCUCCCUCUUCCAGGAGACGGCUGCGUCCAAGGCCAGGGAGGAGUGUGCCAGGCAGCAAUUGGAAGAGAUCCGCCUCAAGCAGGAAAACCAGGAGAUCACGGGAACUAAGAGGCGGAAGGAAAACCGGGAUCAGAGCCAGGGUGAAUCUGCAGGGGAGAAGAGCCGGUACAGGGCAGGGCUGCGCAGCCUCCCCAACCACCAGGCCUACAAGAACCGCCAGAAACAGAAGGCACCAGAGCUGCCGCCAGUGCCCGUGGACACUAUGCAGCCCCAAGACAUCGUGGAGGAGGAGGAGCUGGAGCGGAUCAAGGCCCUGCUCCAAAGGGAGAACCUCAUCCGAAGCCUGGGCAUUGCAGAGCAGCUCGCUCGCCUGCUGAACCCUAGCGGCCCGGUCCAGAGAAAACUUCUUGAGUAUCGGCCUCGGCUCCACCAGAAGGGGCCGGGCAGUCAAGAAGUGCAGACUGUGAACCUGGUUCCGCUGGUCCUCUUGAGCGGGGCUGCCCAAGAGCAGGGCCCUCCUUUCCUGCAUCCAGCCCGGCCCCACGCGGUGGUGCCCAGGAUCUUAGGGGCGCUGCCCAGCAUGAACGCCGCCAGUCCACCUCACUCCCAGUGCCACCUCCAGACAAAGACCUUCAGCUGGAUAGGCGACCCGGCAGCCGUGGGGCCCUGCUCACUGUCAGUGCGGACGUCCGGGAGGCGCUUUCUCUCCAGCACCAGAGUCAGGCUCAGUAGCCGUAAGUACGCGGCCGCGGUCUCGGUGGCUUUGGAGUGUGUCGGGCCCUGCGCGUCCGGAGGCGGGGGAGGCGGUGGACGGCCGCUGGCCCGCCGCCUCUGGGCUGCACCCCGGCGGCAGGAACGGCAGAGGGCCGGACGGCUAGCCGCGCCUCCAGGAGGGGCCCCGGGACGCCCAGCCCGGCGGAGUCCCGACUCGGGGCCGCGUGUUUCCGCUGCAGAAGUGCCACGAGCCAGCAGGCGGCUGGAGGCGCUCGGCCGGGCCCAGGCAGGAGCAGAGCCGCCUUCUCUAACCCCCAAGCAGGGCUGCCUCCGGCGAGCGGAGCGACGGGCGAGCGGCUCCUGGACCGCUGAGCGCAGCCCGCCCGGCGAGGCGGCGCAGGCCCGGGAGCUCGUCCUCGGCUCGGCCUCCGCGCCCCUGCUCCCGCCGCCCGCGGCGCUGCUGGACCUCGGCCGCCCCGCCUAGAGGGAGC